CCGAGCCCCAUUUUUUCCCGCGCGUUCGGACCGAAGGGAGCUUAUUUCCUUAAACAGUAAUAACUCCGGAAAAGCGGAAAGCAGGGGGUGAAGUGCAAUUAGGAAAGAGUAAUAUUACGAAGAUCAGAACAGUAGAUUGAAAAACAGCAAUCUCAGAGUGGGACUAAAUUGAGCGCGCCUAUAAUGCCAAUUCGAUCUAAAUCUUGCUCUCAUGGUUGUUAAAGAGCUAGGGUUUUCUCUUCUUGUCUCGAUCUACUAGCUGUUUGGAGUUGAAAUGGAGCAACCUAGCGAGCCUUGCAGUCAUUCUGGAGAUGGAACCUGCAUGGGAGGUGCAGACCCUUUGGAAGUUCGAUUUACUGAUUUCUGCAAGAAUGAAUUGCGUAUGGACGGGGGCGCUUUGGUUCAAGCAACCACACUCUUUAGUGACAGCAAAAAUAUUUUACUGAAAAAUGUUUCUGCUAUAGGAAUCGGCACGCCCGAGGAUGCGGAACGGUAUUGGUUUGCUUUUGUUCUAUUCUCUGUCAAAAAGUUGAAUGAGAGGGAAGCAGAUAAUUCAAACCACAAUACUGAUGGAUUUGGAUUUAAUUUAUGCCAGGUUUUACGGGCUGCAAAGCUUAACAUGGCAGACUUUUUCAAAGAACUUCCUCAUUUCAUUCUCAAGGUUGGUCCAAUACUAAGCAACCUUUAUGGUACAGAUUGGGAGAAAAGACUUGAGGCAAAGGAAUUACAGACAAACUUUAUGCACUUGAGCCAUUUGAGCAAGUAUUACAAACGUGCAUUUCAAGAGUUUUUCUUGACAAGUGAUGCCAAUGUAGACAACAACCCAACAAGUGCUAAUUCUACUGGCAGCAUUUCGGACUAUCAUCGAUUUGGAUGGUUGCUAUUUCUUUCACUUCGCGUCCAUGUGUAUGGCCGCUAUAAGGACCUUGUGACUUGCACAAACGGUUUACUUUCAGUGUUGGCUAUCUUGAUAAUUCAUGUUCCUGUUCGUUUUAGACGUUUCAACUUCAAUGAAACUACCCGCUUUGUUAUGAACGGAGACAAAGUAGACCUGUUUGCAUCACUUUGCAAAAUUUAUGAGACAUCAGAAGACGAGUUGAGGAAGACGAUAGACAAAGUUAACAAUCUUAUAACAGAAAAGUUGAAGAAGAAUUCUUGCUUGGCCACUGAGUGUCAGACUGACAACUUGAAGAAUAUUGAUACAGAUGGUUUGAUCUUCUUUGGUGACUUGAUGGAAGAAUCAUCUUUGUCUUCUAACACUAGCAUUUUAGAAAAAGAUUAUGACAACGCGAUAUGCAACAAUGGUGAAUUGGAUGAGAGGAUCUUUAUCAACGAGGACGAUUGCUUGCUUGCAUUAGGGAGCUUAUCUGGAGGUGCAAUUAAUAUGUGUGGCAUUAAGAGGAAAUUUGACUCCUUUGCAUCUCCAACAAAGACAGUAAUGAGCCCCCUAUCUCCUUACCGAUCUCCAGUGGCAUCUCAUAAGAACACUAUUCGUGAUAGUGGCUGCUCAAACAUGGCUGCUACUCCUGUAAGCACAGCAAUGUCAACUGCAAAGUGGCUACGCACUGUCAUCUCUCCACUUCCGGCCAAGCCAUCAGUGGAGCUGGAGAAAUUCUUUUCAUUGUGUGAUAGGGAUAUAACAGCUGAUGUGAUACGGAGGGCUCAGAUUAUACUGGAGACUGUUUUUCCUUGUAGUGGACCAGCUGAGCAUUGUUUGGCUGGAAGCCUGCAAAGCACUAACUUAAUGGACAACACAUGGGCUGAGCAACGUAGAUCUGAGGCUCUGAAAUUAUAUUACAGGGUCCUGCAAGCAAUGUGCAUAGCAGAAUCUGAAAUCUUACAUGCAAAAAAUUUAACUUCUUUGCUAACUAAUGAGAGGUUUCAUAGAUGUAUGCUUGCAUGUUCAGCAGAACUAGUUCUUGCUACACAUAAGACAGUAACUAUGUUGUUUCCAGCAGUUUUGGAGAGAACAGGAAUCACAGCUUUUGAUCUUAGUAAGGUUAUAGAGAGUUUUAUUAGGCAUGAGGAUAGUCUUCCUCGAGAAUUGAGACGACAUUUGAAUUCUCUGGAAGAAAGGCUUCUGGAGAAAAUGGUAUGGGAAAAGGGCUCUUCAAUGUACAACUCUUUGACAAUUGCAAGGCCAGCCCUUUCUGCUGAAAUUAACCGUUUAGGCCUUCUGGCUGAACCAAUGCCAUCGUUGGAUGCAAUUGCAUUGCACAGCAACUCAUCUCCUGGAAGCUUACCCCCUGUACCUUCUUUACAGAAGCAUGAAAGCUGUCCAGAUCAGAAUUGUGAUAUCAAGUCACCCAAAAGAGUAUGCAUUGAAUAUCGAAGUGUGUUGGUUGAGCGUAACUCCUUCACCUCACCUGUGAAAGAUCGCCUUUUGGCGCUGAGUAAUUUGAAACCAAAGGCUCCCCUACCUGUCUUGCAGUCUGCCUUUGCAAGCCCAACAAGGCCAAAUCCGAGUGGUGGGGGAGAAACAUGUGCAGAAACAGCUAUAAAUAUAUUCUUUGGCAAGAUUGUGAAGUUGGCUGCUGUCAGAAUUAAUGGCAUGGUUGAAAGGCUACAGUUACCUCAGCAUAUAAGAGAGAAUGUUUAUUGUCUUUUCCAGAAGAUCCUUAAUCACCACACAACUCUGUUCGUCAACCGCCAUAUUGACCAAAUCAUUCUUUGCUGCUUUUAUGGAGUGGCCAAGAUUUCACAACUUAACCUCACCUUCAAAGAAAUUAUAUACAACUACAGAAAACAGCCACAUUGCAAACCACAAGUUUUUCGUAGUGUUUACGUUGAUUGGACAUCAGCGCGCCGCAAUGGGAAGAUGGGUCCUGAUCAUGUUGAUAUCAUCGCCUUUUACAAUGAAAUAUUCAUUCCUGAUGUAAAGCCACUUCUAGUUGAACUAGCCCCAACUGGAGCAGCCCAAAAGAAUAAAAACAUUGCUGAAGCUACAAAUAGUAAUGAUGGUCAGUGCCCUAUGUCACCAAAGACAUCACCCUUUCCUAGUCUCCCUGACAUGUCUCCAAAAAAAGUAUCUGCAACACGUAAUGUUUAUGUCUCUCCACUGCGCUCAUCUAAGAUGGAUACUUUGAUAUCUCAAGGCUCUAAAAGCUAUUAUGCUUGUGUUGGAGAGAGUACUCAUGCAUAUCAGAGCCCCUCAAAAGACCUGAGUGCCAUCAAUAACCGCCUGAAUGCCGGUGGUCGAAAACUUAGAGGCGCACUGAACUUUGAUGAUGUGGAUGCGGGUUUGGUUAGUGACUCUCUGGUUGCAAACAGCCUAUACCUUCAGAACGGAAACUCAGGAUCUUCACCGUGUUUGGCCGUUAAAUCUGAGCAGCCAGAUUCAUGAGGUUGCUUGAAGCAAUGCAUGUAAAAAUCCUAUGUUUCUAAUAUCGUUUUCAAGUUAUAGACAAUAAUUCUAUUGUAGAUGAUGACUUGGGGGGUGUUGUAUGAGCGGUAAGUUAAUGUAAAAUGUCCGCCACUGCCCCUACUGUUCUAGUUGGUGUUUCAGGAUCUUGAUGACAGAUUUGCUUACUUGACUAAUGAGCUUUAAGAUGGAGUUUAGAUUCAUGUGAUUGAGUUCAUUCUCUGUGAUGUAA